AUGGUGUGCGUACCGUUAUUUCUGGUAAUCCUCACUAGAAGAGCUUUUUUUAAUGACUGUGCAAAGGACUUGGAACGCCCAUACGUGAUCUUAUCCAUGCUUUCGUGCUCUGCUUCUGUAGAACAUAUUGCGGCUAUCAGUGUCGAUCGUGUUAUCGCUAUUUUGUACCCUCUGCACUACAAAGGUAUCAUGGAGAAUCGUGGUUGGAAGGCGAUGCUUCUAAAGUCUUGGAUAUCACCGAUUGUGGUUCCCGUUUUGAACCCCAUUAUUCCGAAGAGAUUUCCCAAACGUUUCGUUGCAUUUGGAAUUUUCAGCCUCAGCUACAUGGCUGUGUUUGUGUCGUACUCUCUGAUAGUAAUAUCGCUGGUCAAACAUCGGAAAAAACAAAUACAGAUCAGAGCUUAUCCUUCCAAUGAUGCUGGCAACUUCCAGAAUUUCCGCGUCGAGAUUCGCAUUGCUUUUACACUGGCGAUUGUGAUCGUUGUUUUCACUGCUUGUUGGGUUCCACUUUUUGCCACGUUUUUUGCAGCUGGGAAGCUACUGGUGAAUGAUCGCGGUAUGGCUUUUAUAUGGAUCAGGACCUUGGCUCUUUCAAACUCCGCAAUGAAUUUCGUGAUUUAUGGCUCUCGAAUGCGGAACUUUCGAGAGGCGUUCACCGAAAUUUUGCGGAAGAUUCUUAGCUGUUGUGAAUGUUCACGAACCAAUGUUCCCGAUGUCAGGUUACAAACAUUACGAUCUUAA